CUUUCUUUUUUCUUCUUAAAUUUUAAAAUUUUGUGACUUUUCUUCUCCUCCUUCUCUUUUUUACAGCAGCCAAUAUAUAAGAUAGGGAACAGUAUGCUCAUACGAUCUCAACAAAGAGGUUACGGAUGAUCGGACUCCAAUCGUGGCCUGGCCAGAGUAAAAUAAGCUAAGAUGACUGAUCUUGCAAAAGAAAAUAUUAAUGAAAUUGAGCCAGCAAAAGAAUACAGGGAAGAGAGGGAGCGUGAUGAUGACGAUGAUGAUGACGACGACGACGAUGACGACUCUUUAGAGCAGCCAAACCCUAAUUUUCUUCGGGAGAUGAACCUUCUUAUUACAGUUCUUUCCUUGGUUACUUUAUCAUCUGAAGAUUGCAUGGAUUCAAGAGAGAACGAAGUAAAGAGUAUUAAAAAAGAUCAUGAAGCUAAGGCUAGCAUUUCAAGAACAAGCACCAGAAGACGAGACAUACACGAUGUCAAGUCUCUGGGAAGACGAGCACAUAGGAUCCAACCAAUUAUAAAGGACUGCAGGCAUGGCAGAAAAAUGUAAGAAGAGAUGAAAGGAUGCUGCCAUGAAUAGAACAAAAAAAAAAAAAAAAAAAAAAAAA